AUGGGGGAAGAGAUCGCAACUUGUCCUGCUACCGGUAAAUCUGCCGAGCGCAACGCACAUGAAAAUGCCCCUGAGACAGGAGGCGCAGAAACAACCAGUGCAAGCUCAGAGAUAGCAAUCAGGAAAUUCACGCUACAAGAACUCUCGAAGUGUGACG